CGCUUUGCGCUAGCUGAUUUCGUCGUCUAUUGUAGUGGUAGCACUGUAUGCCGCACCGACAUUUUAAUAGUCUCCGAGACAUUGCCCAACAUUUGGCAGGACAGUGCACUGUGAACUAUGAGAAUGCACCAUAUGACAUCCUGCUGACGACGUGUGCCUGAAAAAUUAUUUUUCUGUGAUAAAAUGAUGAACUCGUGGGUAUUAAUUUUUUUAAUCGUGAUUGUGGAUCAUGUUCAUUCAGAGGAGGCUGGCGAUAAUAAGGAUAUUGUUAAGGAUAAGAAGGAUAAUUCCUGUUGUGAUGUUUCAAGACGUUUAACAACCUGGCAAGGGUCCUGGGAGAUGUUUCCUACAGUUGGUACCUGGUCCAUACAAACGAAACUCCCCAUGACAACAGACGUGGAAGAAGAAAUUGACCUUGGCAGGCAAGAAAGGGGAAAGUACAAGGUGAAGAAAAAAUUUAAAAAAAUCCUUUUGCCUCUUCUAUUGGCCUACAAGUUGAAAUUUUUCACUCUCAUUCCUGUCCUGAUUGGUGGAUUGGUCCUGUUGACAGGAGCAACAGGAUUGGCAGGAUUUUUCUUCGCGCUAUUUGCUGCCACAAUGGGUGGACAACACUUGAACAAUACUGAUUACCAUGACAUAGAAGCAAGAAAGAAAAAAGACAAAUACCUUCUCACCUUAAUACUAGGAGGUCUAAUAGUAAAAGCGAUAGUUUUUCCAAUCGCUCUAAAAGUAAUGGCUGUAAUGACCAGUUUGGCUGUUUUAUUAAGCCUUAUGAGUCUUAUUAUAUCAUCAAUCGUUGGAUAUAUUAAAGUGGCCCUAAGACAUCAACCACGACCUUUUAAAGUAAUUCAUUUAACUGAUCAUGUAUGGUCCAAGGAUGAAGGCAUAGAUUGGGAUAAUCCUUAUUAUGAACAUGAACCAUAUUAUGAUCAUGAUCACUACUUUGAUUCAAGGGAAAAGUAUUAA